AUGCACACUCCACAACAACAAUUUCAACAAUAUAACAUGCAAUCCAAUACUCAGCCACAAGUAUUUGCUUCUCAACAACCAACAACGGCAAACAUGAUGAUGGAGGUAAACAAUCCCAAUGCUUCCUUGUUGAACAAUCCAAGUCAAAUGAGCAAUCCCAAUCAGCAACAAGUUUCCUAUCCUAACGUUGCUACAGCUGGAGUUUGUUACAAUCCUUACGAUACUUAUUUUGAUCAUCAGGUCCAAUCAACCACAACAAUCAACAAGUUAUUCCAAAUUGAAUCAGGUCUUACCCCACUUCCACCCAAGAAGGUGUCUCAAAUUCAACCACAACAACCACCAGUCUCAACUUUUACGACCACUACCACUACGGUUACUUCUCAACAACAUGAUCUUUUAGCAGCCAUUCAAAUUCCUCCACCCAGCUUGGAACAAGCCAAUCACCUCGCUCAACUGGAACAAGAUGCUAAAAAGUGGUUGCAACAUCGUCUUCAAGUCAUUGAAAUGCUACAAGCUCUUGUCAAUGAUUUGAAUAAAGUUGCAACCAAAACCACAAAAACAAAAAUUGGUGGAACUGCCUCGAACAUCAUUGGUGCUGGUUUAUUGGUAGGAGGUGUAAUUGCAGCUCCUUUCACGUUGGGUGGUUCCUUGCUUGCAUCUACUGCUGGAUUAGGUCUAGUAGGUGCUGGAACAGCUGUUACUGUCGGUUCAUCCAUUGUCGAAUGGAAACAUGCCAAGAAAAUGGCCAAGCUCACUCAAAUCGAAUUGGAGAAGGACACCAAAGAAAUGAACGAAAUGCUUCGCAAGAUCUUUGAAUAUCGAUCCAUUGAUACUUAUAUGGAGUAUCGUGUAUUGAACUUUGAAAAUUCCAAAGUGACAGUCAUGCAAUUCGUGAACGCAUUGGUAGGAAAUGGAGCAGGAAAUGCUGUGGGAUGUAUUGGUAGUGGUAAAUUGACUCAUGGAAGUGCAGGAGCCACUAGCUUGGCAAGCUUGCUUAUUAAGGGAGCUAUUCCAAUUGUGAGUAUUCCUGUGGAUAUUGCUCUAUUGGUUCAAGAAUCCAAACGAUUGCAUGGAAAGGAACCUUCCAAGCUUGCAAGUAAAAUUGUACCAGUCAUUGACAGCCUGAAAUUGCAGACACAACUCGCCACUGGACAAUAA